GCCGCGCUGCUUGAAGUACGCGAGCGACACCGCCAUCAUAUGCGUGCAAGGACCUCCCUAGCUCUACGAUAGUAGAUAAUCUAGACAAUCUGUUCCAAGUAACAACUACCAACUAGUCUGGGACGCGACAGACUACCUUACUCGCAAGGACGCGCACCAAACUUGUGCGCCGCAUUGUGUUUACCUAGCAUUUAUACGUCCAAGGACUUAACUGUUGACAUAUUGCUACUGCAAUGAGCUGAAAGUGACAGCGAGCGUCGAGCGCGGAAGAAUGGGCAGGAUUCGCCUCGAGCUCGUCCUCUUGUUACUCCUUGGUCCGUGGCUAAUAGCUGCGCAGUUAAGCCUGACUUCCUUCACACCAACGGAGGGUGGCACGGCUGGCGGCCAGAGGUUAACGGUAUUCGGCUCUGGUUUCGGGGACCGCUUUGCGGACAAGAUGUCGGUCAGCAUUGGACCCUACCCCUGUGCCGUGGCGCCUACACUCAGCAGUGCUCAGCAGGUCACAUGCGAGGCGGCGCCGGGCCUCAGCGGCACGUACUGGGUGACGGUGCGCCGGGUGUCGGCGGGCGGCGCCGGGCCCAACAGCACCACCGCCACCACCGUCACCGCACGGCUAUGGGGCUACACGUACACCGCUGGCCGCAGCAGCUCGCUGCGUGUGGUGCGGCCGUCAGCGGGCCCGCCCGGAGCUGAGCUGUCCGUCAUUGGCGACCCCACUGGCGUCGUGCGCAGCGACUGCACGCCCUCCGUCACAGGCGGCGACUCAGAAUGCCUGGGAGACGUGCGGGUGGGACUGCUGCAGUGCAAGACGCAGGAGGGCGACCUGGGGGCGGCGCUGGACUUCUCCCCCCGGCUUCGCUGGAGCUGCUGCUCCCCAUACCGCAUCCGCUGCACCACCGCGCAGCCGCUGCGCAACAACCCCAGGCUGCCUUCCCUGGAGCCCGGCGCCGGCACAGCGGGAUUCUUCAACGUUACCGCGCGCUUCGAAGCAUCCUCCCGCGGUGCCCUCCCGUUAAUAAAUGGCAACGCAUGGCUGUACACGGCGGACGGCACGCCGUACCUGUACUCGGUUUACCCCGAGGUGGUGUCCAUCUCCCCCGCGACCGGCUCGGCGGCGGGCGGCACGCGUGUCACGCUGCGAGGCCGCGGCUUCCCAGACCUGCGGCGGCAGCUGCAGGGCGGCUCUGGAGGCAGUGGGGGAUGGGGCCAGCGUGAGCGCGUGUCGGUAUGGCUGGGCGGCGCGCCGUGUGAGGUGGUGGACAGCACUUACAGCAGCCUCACCUGUGUCACGGCGCCUCAGCCCGCCGCGCCGCCCCUCAAUGCCAGCGCCACCCCCAUUGCGGGCCUGUACCCGGGCAUGCGUGGCGUGGAGUACGAGUUCUACCCACUGGGUGAGGCCGCCGUGCCCCCCUACAACGAGCUCUGGCGGUUGAACGCUUCAGGCUCCCGCGGCAACAACAGUAACAGCAGCACCAACGGCAGUAGCAGUGCCAGUAGCAGCGGCAGUGGCAGUAGCCGGGCGAUACGUGUGGAGGACGUGCCAGGCGCCUACCGUGUCGUGUUGGACGGGCGCAUGGAGGGGCGGGAUGACGACUUCAACAGAUCGUACGCCUGCAGCCGCAUGAGGGGCUUUUUCGUGGCGCCUCGCACCGCGAUGUACCAGUUCAUCGUGGGCUCGGACGAUUACGCGCAGCUGAACGGCACCUGGAUCAACGGCACCACCGGCACUAGCAACAGCAGCGGCAGUAACACUGGGGCCGGUGCAAACGGCUGGGAGGUGACACGGCUGCUGGCGCGAAACACAGGCGCCUACUACGUGGAUUGGUGGACUCAGGCGCUGAGCUCAACGGUGCACCCGCCCGUGCCCCUGGCUGCGGGCCAGCCGCUGCUGCUGGACGUGGCUCACUGCAACCGGCAGGGCCCCGGCAUCGCACAGGUGGGCGUGCGCAUCCUGGGCGACACGCCGCAGGCCAACUCGCUGUCGGAGACGCAGCGGGUGGUGGUAGCGGGAUCGCGCCUGGGCCGGUCACUGGCAGUCAAGUACCUGUACGCGGCCGCAGCCAACACCAGUGCGCUGGCGCUGGUCCAGGUGACUUUGGCCACCGACUCGGCGGCACGCGUAGCCAACGACACGCAGCUGGGGCUGCAGCUGACCCUCGAGGUCGGCAGUAGCAACGGCAGUAGCGCCGGGGGCAGUAGUGGCAGCAGCCCCGCAGCGGUGCGGGUGAACGUGACGCUGCCCGUCACGGCCGUUGCUGGCGAGAUGACACGGCUGGUCCGGAACGCGCUGCUGGCUGCUGGCGCCAUCCAGCUACUGCCGCCGGCUACAGCCGCCAACGGCAGUAGCAGGGGCAGCAACAACAGCGGAAGCGGCGCCGUGGGGCCAAGGAUGCGCAGCAACGCUACAGCCGUGGGCGUGCGCAAGGUGGUCAACGGCAAUAUCCUCACACUGGAGAUUGGCGUGGAGACCUGGGCGCUACAGCCGCCGCCGUCACCUCUGCCGGCGCCUUCCAACGGCAGUAGCAGCAGCUCUGGCGCCGGCGCCGCCGCCGUCGUGCCGCCCACGUUCACGGUGCUCGCGGCCGCGGUCGUGGUGGUGCCGCCGACGCGCAACACCAGCAGCAAUCCUAGCAGCGUGGCCAUCGUGCCCGACCUCACCAGCCCCACCUGCCGCUUCGCCAACCUCCUCAUGGCGCCCGUGCCUGGAUCCGCAGCCUGGGCCGCCUACCAUGCGCCGCCACGUACCGCGCCUGGGCCGUCGCCGCCAAACCUAACCGCCGUGUACAGCACAUUCAACAUCAGCGUGGAUCUGAACCCAGUACGGCCGGCGGCUGAUGUGGAUCCGACCGGAUCCUGGAUCCUGUCGGCGACGAAUCCGGGUGCCGCGGCGGGCGUGUCGUUUACGUUUUCUUGGAACUCGCCGCCGGAGGCGCUGGCGGCGGCGCUGCUCAACCUGACGUCUACAACGAUGGAUGUCCGGAUGAGCGGGAUUCUUGGUGGCGCCAGUAGCAGCGGUAAUGGCACCAGCAGCAGCAACAUCACUGGCAUCACAGCCGGAACAGGAGGCAGCGGCAGUGUUACUAGCGACCCCUCUGCCAGCGCCGCCGCAAGCGCGCCGUUGCCGCCGGCGGCGCCGUUCUUUGGCGGUGACGACGUGUUCUCGCCGCCGCCGCCGCCUCCACCGCCGUCAGGCCCGGCCUCGGGACCAGCUGUUGUCGGCGACGGUCCGGUGCGAGAGGGGGCCUAUCUUGCCAUCGUUUGGAACGUAACUGUUCCCAGCUGGAGCCUGUUCGUGCCGGCGGUCAGCAACCUGACGCUCAGCGCUGUCCCCGGCGAUGGUUUCCCAACCGCCGCUCCAACCGUCGUGCUGCCGGUCACCGGCGGCGGCUCGGCCCCGCCGCUGCUGCCUGCUACCGCCGGAAACGCCUCUAGCGGCGGCACAGACAGCACGUCCGGCGUGGCGGCGGCGGCCGCCACCCCGCCGCCGGUAGCAAUGAUGGCGGUUGAGACGCGGCCGGUGGCGGCGCCGCCGACAGGCGUCAUUCGCCUUGCGUACGACAACGAGUGCGAGUACUCCGCGGAAAUCGACGUCUACUGGGAGACCAGCGAUGUCAUCGGCGCUAAGCUGGCGGCGCUGCCAGGGCUCACGAAACCCAGGCGGUCAGGGCGGUUUUACGCCAACGACACGUCACUCCAUAUCACGUUCCAGAUGGAUCCAUUUCUGCAUCCGGGCGACCAGCCUCGGAUCCGGAUCGCGGACACGCGCGGCCUGUCGGGCGAGGCCACGGCCUUUUACGCCACGUCAGACUACGCAGGCAGCAAUGACACGUUGUACUUUCCGUUACCGGUUGACUUCAUGCGGUUGACGGUUGGUGCGCCUAACUCGGGGCAGCUAACCGUCAAUGGCGUGUCUGCAGCCUGCGCACACCCCUCCGGCGUGUGUGGGUUUGCCUACGACGGCUCAGCGACCGGGGCUGGUGGCAGUAACGGUACGGGCAGCAACAGCCUGCCGCUGACGCCGGCGGUUGUUUCCGUUGAGCCCAUACGUGUCACGUUCCAGCCGCCAGCCGUGCUCUCCAAACAGCUGGUCAUCACAGGCAGCGGCUUCACGCCAUCAACGCAAGCCAACGCCAGCAUCGCCUCCUCAGCAGCAGCCGCAGCAGCCUCAGGAGCAGCGGCCGGGCUGCUGCCCGCAGACACGCUGGAGGUCCGUGUUGGCGGCGCGCCCUGUGUCGUGACCGCCGCCACCGACACGACCAUCACCUGCAACCUGACCCUGUCGGCUCCAGCACAAUCACAGCAGCAACUGGCAGGGCAGGCGCCGCCGCCGCCUCCGGUGCCGUCACUGGCGGCAGGGCUGCAGCCGCUGACGGUGUACGUGCCCGGCAAGGGGCGCGCGGCGGGCGCCCCGGUCCUCGUCGUGGAUGCGCUGGUGGUCACCUCUGUGUGGCCGCAGCAGGUGUCCAUGUACGGCGCGACCCUGAUCAGGAUCGGUGGACACGGGUUCGUGUCAUCCGCCUCCAUCUCCAUCCUCUCAUCGGCGCCAUCCACAGCGCCAGGGGCCACAGAAGCAGCAGCAGGAGCAGGAGCAGCACUGGUGGGGCCGUGUGCGGGCCUGCGGGUACGGGUGGGCGGCGUGGGUUGCUCGCUGGUGGAGUGCGCGCCGGACCACCUCACGGCGCUGUACCCGGGCCCGGCCGUGCCGUCGGCGGCUGUGGCAGGCGAUGGCGUUAUGGAGGUCGAGCUGCAGGUACUCGCUGCAAACGGCAGCGUCAUUACCAGCAGCUACCUAACACAGCAGGCAGCUGCGGCUGUCGGCAUGCCGCCGGCGCCGUCCACCAUCCUGUCCACCAUGGCACCUGCCAUCACGGCAAUCGACCCGCGCCCCAGCAUACAGCAGACACAGCAGCCGCAGCAGGCUCAGGCUCAGGCGCCCCUGAGUGCAGCCGGCGGCGACAGCGUGCGGGUCACGCUGUCAGCAGCCGCAAGGCCCUCGGACGUGCUGGGGGUGUUCCUGGUGCCCAGCGCGGGCAGCAGCAGUAGCACGGGCGCCAACAGCAGCAAUAGCAGUGGCAGUGGCAGUGGCAGUACCGGCAGCUGCAGUGGCAGCGGGAGCGGUGCCGUCGGAAUGACGCCGCUGGCGGCCGCGCUGGCGGCGGCAGUGCCUUGCGCGGCGGUGACCUGGCAGCAGCAGCCCUCCUCCUCCUCCUCGGCCUCGGCCUCCGUGGCGGUGUGCACCACUCGCCCCAUGCCGCCCGGAUCCUACCAGGCGAUGGUGGUGCUGAACGGCUCUUCAACAGCCAGCGGCGGCUCUUCAGCAGCGGCUUCGGCUAAUGCCGGUGGCAGCAGUAGCACGAGCAGCGGUGCCUACUACGCCCAGGGUCUGACACUGCUGUCGUCAGGCAGCAUGUCAGUGGACCUGUCUGUGACCUCGGUCAGCCCGGCGGCAGGCAGUGUGGGCGGCGGCACACUGCUGACCCUCACCGGCUUUGGCUUCGUCGCAGCUGGUGCCAUUAACAGCACAGACGCCAUCCGUGUGUUUGUGACCGUGCCGGUGUCGGACACCUUCCCAACCGGCCUGCUGCCGUGUGACGUGACGUCAGCAACCGCCACGCAGCUCGUGUGCCGUACACGGCCGCACCUGGCGGCGACCGCGGACCUGGAUGACCCCUUGGCCACAAAGCGCCUGCCCAAGGUCACGCCGGCGGCGACCGUGGUGGUCAGCAUUUGUGACCCAGCAGCAUCAGGCGGUGGCGGCGGUGGCACCAGCGGCAUUUCUACAGCUCGGCUCUCGGGAGCGCUUGCUUGCAGCGAGUCCAGGCCAACCCCUGUUGUGUCACGGUGCACUGGCCAGUGCGAGUUCAGCUACUCCGCCGACGCCACGCCAGUCGUUGGUUAUCUGGACAGCCCUGCAGUCCCCGCUGGCGUGGCAGACGUCCAGGUCCUUGUCUUUGGGCGCAACUUGAGCGCCGUCACCACAGCACGGCUGCUGCUACUGCCAGCCAGCUUCGGCACAGAUGGCAGUAGCAGCGGCGUCAGCCUUGGUGCCGGUACCAGCAGCGGUGCGGGCGCGAGCAUCAGCCCUGCAGCUGCGGCCGCGACGCUUGCGGCAACGGAGGCAGCCAUCCUAGCUGCCGAGGUGGUGGCGACACCCGUUGCCGCUGCGGCAGCGGCGGCGGCGGGUCCAGCCGUGGAGGCAGUGGGAUUCGGGGUGCCCGGCGACCUACCUGUAGGGCGGUACGCAGUGCAGCUGGUCGACACGUACGGCGGCGUGUCAGUGGAUCCCUUCCAGGCUGGCAUCCUCAUCGUCCAGCUGCAGCUGGGCUCCGUGUCGCCCGCCGCCCUCUCGCUGGCCGGCGGCCUGCCACUCACCCUCACCCUCAGCGGCCCCGGCCUGCUGCUGCCAGGCAACCCCGCCGCCCACACCGUCACCCUCGGCGGCAACAGCAUCACUGGCGGCAACAGCAGCGGCGCGGCUCCGCCGCCGCUCGGGCCCGCGGGUCUGUCCUGCCCGGUGCUGAACGUGUCCUCGGACGGGCGCCAGCUCACAUGCCGCGCCCCACCGCUGACUGGGCUGCUUCUGGCCGAGUUCUGGAACCUGCCAGAGGGGUUGUCGGGCAGCGUACUGCCGCCACUGGAGAUCUACAUGAACCCCGACAUUGUGACGACGCAGCCCGGCGGCGUGGCCUUCAACUACCUGACGGGGCAGUCGCCGCUGCCGGGCGACAUCCGGACGCGGUUCUGGGGCGCCCGCUUCAGCUGGUACAUGCAGCUGACACGGGAUGAGAACGUGACGUUCAGCCUGGCCGCCGACGACCUCUGCCGGCUGCUGGUCAACGGCGUGCCCAUCAUUCCAUCGGCGGGCAGCGGUGGCCGCACCGCCGCCGCGACGCUGCGAGCCGGCAUCAACUCCUUCGUCCUGGUGUUCCUGCAGUACGGCGGUACGGCCUGGCUGCGCUUCCUCGUGGCGCCGCAUCCCGGCACCGGCACCCCCGUGGCUCCGGACUGGUCGCGUGUCACCCCCGUGCCACCGGGCACGCCGCUCCCCGUGACGCUGGUCCUGAACGGCGCGUCCGCGGCAGCCGGGUGCGACGCGACGCAGUUGGUGCUGCGGCUGCCGCUGGCGGCUGGCGCACGGCAGCAGGAACUGCCAUUCGAGCCGGACCAGGUGCAUCUCGCCAACGGCACCUGCGCCGUUGUGUACAGCACGUACCGCACCCCCACACUGGUCGGCGUCAUUGCGUCGAAUGGGACAUUGAAUCCCGCAGCCAGCGGCGUAGACCUGCCUGCUCUGAACGCGACGCGCCCCAGCUUUACUACUGGUGGCGGCGGUGGUGCCGCAAGCAGUAAUGCUAACAGCAGUAGUACGGCAACCGCUGCAUGGACGCUGUACGUAUACGGCAGCUGGCUGGCGGACCAACCGUUGGAUGCCGUACGCGUGACGGUUGGGGGCCGGCCGUGCGUGUACCUACCCAGUGCCGCUAGUGCCAUUGCCAACGACAGCAACACCGUCACCGGCAGCGGCUCCGAUGGCGCCGACGGCAGUAGCGCCAACACAACAGAGACCUCCUCAUCAGCACCAUCUGUAACAGCCGCCACACUGGUUCCUCUGGAUCCACCUGCGGUUGCGGCCGCAUCAGGCAAUGGCGGCACCAUGUUGACACGCCUUGCGUGCCUCGCGCCGCCGCUGCCCUGGGGCACAUGGCCCGUGGCGGCUACCGUUGACGGCUUGGGAGCCGUACGGCCGCCGCCGUCAUCCAGCAGUGCAGUUGCCGCGGUGUCGUACGGGCUGCGUGUCACGGAGGUCCUCUCACCGGUGACGGGAGCACGUGCCUACUGCCAGGUAUCGCUCUUUGGCGGUGGCACGGUCUCUCUGGCAGGUGUGGGAUUCGUGCCCGGUCUAUCCGACGCCUCCCUCGGCCGCAGCAUGAACGUCUCGUGGUGGAGUAGCACUAGCAGCUCCUGCAACAGCAGUAGCUCUGUCACGGCGGCUGGCGCCGCCUGCUCCUGGUUUGGCGUGGCAACACCGCCAGACGCGGCUGCAGCCACCGGCCAACUGCGGCUGGCACUGCUGGCCAGCGACGGAGCUACAGCCACCUUCACAAUGCAGCGCUACAGCCUACGCAGUGUCGCGCCGAGGCUGAACGCGACCAUUCUGGCUGGCAGUAGCAACCGCAGUAGCAAUGGCAGUAGUGGCAGCAGCAGUAGCAACGGGAUACUGCUGGAUGACUGGCGGUAUCUGGGGAACGUGUCCGUUCGCAGCGCGCUGCGCUGGCGGGUGCAAGUGGCUGCUACAGCCGUGGCCGGCGGUGCCGCGGCGGGCGCGACAACUGAGGUGACGGGACUGGUGGGCAUGUGCGGCGGCCGCACGCCCCGAGUCGAGAGUUUUGAGGUGCUUCCUGCAGCUGCGGACCCUACCAGCACCGGUGGCGGCAACGGCACCGUCAUGCCGACAUCACUGCGGCUGUCCUGGGUCUUGCCGUAUGCUGCCAAUGCCGGCGGCGGCGGUGGUAGCACUGGCAGCUGGCCCGACCUCCUGCAGUCACCGCCGCAGCCAGGCAAUCCCAGCGCGGCAUCUGUGGAGCUGGAGGCUGUAGCAGUUGCCGCCGAUGGUAGCAGCAGUAGCAGCGCCAUCAGCAGCGGUGGCAACGGAAGCGGAGGUGGCAGCAGCGGCUGGGUGUUGAGUUGUGCCAACGCGACAGUGGUGACCAGCGCGGCGGACGAAGCUGCAGGCAGCUAUUCAGAGACGCUGGAAUGUGCACUGCCGGCCGAUCUGCCAGCCGGUGUCAACUACACCAUCUGGGCGUGCGUGCAGCCCUUCGGCUGCGGCUACCACCCUUUUGACUUCCCGGUGGCCCUUCAACUGAACGGCCUCGACCCGGCCUCGCCAACUGCUGGCCCAACCACCGGUGGCACGGCGGUCGUGAUCCGACUGCGCGGCCACAGCCAGGAUCCAGGCCAGGUCGCGGCGCGGUUUGGAUCCAGCAUCUGCCGCAUCACAGCUGUUGAUGCCAGAUCCAUCACGUGCAUCACAGGUCUCCUGCCAUACGAUGCCACCCAAAGCGACCCGACAGUGGCGCGGGUGCUGCCGCUCAGCGUCACGCCGCGGUGGGGCGCCGCCGAGGUUACGGACCCAGGCACUACGUUCACGUUCCUGCCAGAUCAGGACGUGUACGUCACGUCCGUGGCCCCGGCAUACGGCAGCACCGCCGGCGGCACGCGCAUCACCAUCACAGGGCGCGGCUUCACUCCACGUCAAGCUGGUGGCAAUACUACUAGCAGCGGCAGCAGCAGCAGCAGCUCUUCGGCCGCCGCCGCCGUUGUGGCCAUUGGCGGCGCGCUGUCAUGCGGGUCGGUUGUCAUACUCAACGACACUGCCGUACAGUGCACGGUGCCGGUGCUGCCGUUCAACAUGACAUCGGGUGUCUGGAUGACUGUCACGGUCACACCCGCCGGUCGCACACCCAGCGCGCCGCGCACAAUCAGGACCGCCGCUUCGGCAAACCAAACGGUGCCACCACAGCUGUUACCACCGCCAGCCGCCUCGUUCCGAUACCUGGACGCCUGGUCCUCCCCUGCCUCUUGGCCGUCAGGGCGGCUGCCCCAGGCCGGCGACGACGUGGCGGUGGCGGCGGGGCGGGCGCUGCUGCUGGAUGUGAGCCCACCGCCUCUAGGGGCGCUGCUGGUGCUGGGCUGGCUUGUGUUUGACGACACGCAGCCGGCGCUGGAGCUGCAGGCGCGCAGCAUCCUGAUAGACGGCGGCGGCCGGCUGAGUGUGGGCUCUGCAGACCAGCCAUACGCCUCAGCCGCCACCAUCACACUGCUCGGAAACCCGCCAGCGGUAUCGCCGGAUGACAGCGGCGGCGUCUCGGGCUGUGUGGAUGACGGUGCUAGCGGCGCUGCGGGCGGGCUGCCGCUGUACGGCACCAAAAUGAUUGCAGUACGGCAGGGCGUGCUGGAGAUGUACGGCACGCCCCGCUCCCCGCCGUACACCACCCUCAACGCCACCGCCAACCCGGGCGAUGGCGCAAUCCUCGUCAACGGGGCAGUCGACUGGAAGGCCGGUGACCGCAUCGUGAUUGCGAGCAGCUCCUUCUUCGCGGAUGAGGUGGACGAGGCGACUGUCGUGUCCGUGACCACCACCACCACCAGCUCACCCUCAGGCGACGUCGUGAGCCGAGUGGCUCUGGACGCGCCGCUGAGCUACACACACCUGGGAGUGGUGGUGGCGCCGCCGGCCGCCGCCGCCGCCGGACUCACGCGUCCCGCGCAGCCACUGGACAUGCGGGCUACUGUGGCGCUGCUCAGUCGCAAUGUGGUGCUGCAGGGGGACGCAGCGUCCGCAAACUCCAUGUUCGGGGCCAGGCUGGUGGCCCAUCCGCCGCCUUCCCCGCUCGCUUCCGUGCUGCGGCUUAGCCACAUCAGCAUGCGCCGCAUGGGACAGCCCCUGGCGCUACAGCCACUGCAGCCCAGCCCUGUGGCGCCGCCGGCUGUAGCACCGGCCGGAUUCUCAAUGCUGUGGCACUCGCUCGGCGACCUUCCAACAAACGCAGACAGAAGUAUCAAUGCCAACAACAGCUCAGGGGGUAGUACCAGCACUGGAGCUAGCAGCAGCACGACCACAGGCAGCACUAGCUCAGGAGGCCAGGCUAGCAUCCCUGCGUCUGGAGGUAGCAGUAGCAGCAAUAGCAGCAGUAGCAGUGGCACCAGCAGUGGCACGAGCAGUAGCAUCAGCAGCAACAGUUUGCCAUCACCAUGGCUCAGGGAAUGCGUCCUCCAAGAUGCAUACGCACGUGGUCUGGUGGCAAUCGGAACCCGUGGCGGGGUUAUUGAGCGAACUGUUACCUACAACACGUAUGGACAUUCUUUUGCACUCGACACUGGGGCAGAAACGGGGAUUCUUUUUGACAGCAACCUUGGGAUACUGGCUCGGGAGGCUCGUGCAUUGACGACACGCGACACGCAAAUGCCGUCAGUGUUCUGGGUGUCAAAUCCCAACAACACACUCAGGAACAAUGUGGCGGCGGGCUCGGACCACACUGGGUUCCUCUACCGCCUGCCGGACAACCCGGAGGGAGCCGCGGCGCUGACCUCCUCCACAUCCAUCUGCCCCCGCUUCACAGCCAUGCCUAGUAAUGUCCUUGCCACUGGCGGCAGCAGCAACGGCAGUAGCAGCAACGGCAGUAGCAGCAACGGCAGCGUCAGUGGCGGGUUUGCCUCCAACACGGCGCACUCGGCGCUGCUGUACGGACUGCGCGUCCACCCCGAGUACUUCCCACGUGCCAACCCCUGCAGCCGCUACGCCGCCCCGCUGCAGCAGGCGGCGGCGGUGUUCGACGGCCUCACCGCAUUCAAGUGCGGACUCAAGGGCGCGGCCGCCAGCGUGGUGGGGCUGGUGCAGUUCCGCGGAAUGGCCCUGGGCGACAACGGCGGCGGACCCGUGACACCCAACACCACACUCAUCAAGGAGACCGGGGCACAGGCCGAGAUUGCAUGGGUGGUAGACGACAGGUCCAGGGUGACGCCACUGCUCAUUGCCCUCGCCGGCGUCUUCUCCACCACGCUCUACGGCCGCACCGCGGCGGGCGCCGUCGGCACCGCCGGCCGCUGGCCCAAUGCCACCCGCCGCAUCGCCGGCGUCGCCACCCAGAGCUCCGUGCCUGGCAGCUCCUACCACCAGUCAGGCCUGGCCCUGGUGAACGUCACCUUUGCCCGGGCCUACCUCACCGGUCGCCUGGCGGUGACGCCGCGGGCUCCCUGGCCGCAGCACUACGCGCUGGAGCCUUGUGCGCGCUGCGCGCCCUCCACCGGCGGCGCCACAGCCUUCUUGGCAGGCGCGCAGUUCGUAGACGGCGCCGCGGGAGACGAGGCGGCGGCUCUUGCGGCGCUGGCGGCUGCAGGAGCAGCGGCGGCAGGCGAUUUGACGGAUGCAGGGGUGCCGGGUGGGUCGGUGGUGGCGAGGCUGGUGCGGCGCCCGGCGCUGGCGUUCUGGAGCUGGCCCUUCCAGGGCGUGUAUGAGGACACAGACGGGAGUCUGCUGUCUGCCGCCGCGCUGUCGCCGCUACUGCCACUGCCGCCGUCCGUUCUACAGGCACUCGGCGGGGCCAGCAGCAACAGCAGUGGCAGCAUCAGCAGCACCUCGACUGCCGGUGGCUCCGCCGGCAAUGUUACAGCCACCUCCACAGCCGCAGCGGCAGUAGCAUGGGCUGGUGCGACCUUCCACAGCGGCGUGUCGUUCAGCCGCAGCCUCAGCUACGGCGGCACAGGCAGUAGCAACAGCAGCAGCAACAGCAGCAGUGCCGCUGCGCUGCCAGGGAUCUUUGACCCCGAAAGCUGCGUGCUGCUGCGGGGGCUGCGGGGACAGCCCAGCUCCAACGAGGGUGUGGUGUGCGCGCCGCGCGCCGGUCCCUUCCGCCGCCUCAUAAUAAGUGACGUGGGGCCGACACCCGACCUUGCCGGGCAGCCGCUGGUGGUUGUGGACGUUGCAACCAACCGCAGCGCGUGGGUUCAACCGUCAACCUCCAACGACAACGGCGGUUAUGUGCUCGUACUGCCGGUGCGGCGGGAGUUUUGGAUCCACUGGCGCACCGACACCUGGGAGCGCCUGGAUCCAGCCACCUACAGGAUGUGGCGACUGGACAACCUUGCGAACUCAACCCAGAAUCACCUGUACAUAACAACCAAGUACAUGGACGUAUAUGAUUCGUUCACUGCCAACACCGCACUGAUAACUGGGGCGGCCGCCACGCCGCGGCCGCCGGCAUUGACCUCCACGGCACACGGUGCCACAUCGUACAACGUAACCCUCACCCCCAAUUCUUGGAGGUGGAGCAUCCCGCCCCCGCCCGGCACGUCGACCACACAGUCCCUGGCCACUGUGUCCUUUAGCGACACGGCGGUUACAACGUACCUAUCCGGUGCCAGUACAUCAUCCGUACGGAUCAUCGCCGCCACGUGCCCGGCGGCAGGAUGCGACUCGCCGCCCGCCAAGUUUUCUGCCCUACGGGAGCCGUACCUGCGAUGGUCGCGUGUGAGCACGUGGGCUAGCCGUCCUGGCGGCAAGCCCGCCCCCGGCGCCAACGUGACGGUCCCGGCGGGCUGGGCGCUGCUGCUGGACGAGAGCCCGCCGGCCCUUGGGUCGCUGGUGGUGCUUGGGUCGCUGCGGUUCGACCCCCUGCAGGACAUCACCCUCACCGCCGCCGCCGUAAUGGUGCUGGCAGGGGGGUCGAUAUCAGCGGGCACACCAAGUGCGCCACACCCGCGCAUCGCGCGCAUCCUCCUCACCGGCUCCCGCGGCGGCGCCGGCUGGCGGCUGCCUUCCGCCGCCGGCCCUGGUUACGCCGCUGGCACGGACCUCGGAAACAAGGUGCUUGCGGUGCUGGGCGGCGGCACACUCGACCUGCACGGCCGGGCGCAGGCGCGGCGCUGGACCCGGCUGGCGCGUCCCGCCGCCCCUGGUGACACGGUGCUCCGACUGGACGUGCCGCUGUCGGACCUGGACGGAAGCUGGCAGCCCGGAGACCGCGUCCUGGUUGGAUCCAGUUCGUACAACCAGUACCAGAGCGAGGUGCGGUACAUCGUGGCCGUGCUGCCGUACAGCGCCCUUACCGCGGUGGAUGGCGGCGGCGGCGGUGCGGCGUCCGCGGACGGCAACCUGACGGCUGUCGUGCUGGACUCGCCGCUUCGCCACCCGCACGCCGCGCGCGGCCGCAGCUACCCCGUCAGUGCCAACGGCAAUAGCAGCAGCGGCAGUAGCAGCAAUGGUAAUGCCACGCUGUCUGUGGACCUGCGCGCAGAGGUGGCGCUGCUGUCCUCAAACGUGGGCAUCGCGGCGGCGGAGGCCUUCGACAGCAGUAGCAGCGGCUUGGUGGGACCCGGCAGUGGCCUCGACCUCGCAGACCUGUACAACACUGACACCGGCAGUAGCAGCAGCGGCAGCAGUUCUGCAGGCAGUGGUCCCAUCGGCAGUAGCAGUAUCACAGGCAGCUUUGGUAGUGGCGCUAGUGGCAUCAUCCAUGGCGUGCGCUUGCUCGUGUCCGGCAGUAGCAACGCACGACUUAGUAACGUAGCCAUUGAGAGGUGUGGCCAAGAGGCAGCUGUAGCAGCUAGUGACACCUUAGCUUCAGGCGCAGGCAGUAGCAGCGGCAACAGUAGCAGCAGCAGCAGCAGCAGCAGCAGCAGCGGCUUGCGCCCGUGCGUCCUAUUUGAUUCCCUGUCAGCACCGAGGGCCGGCAGUAGCAUCACCGUAGACGGCCGCAGCUACAGCCGCUACCUCCGAGACUGCGCCGUGGUCGCGGGUGUCGGGGGAAACGUGGCGGUGACGGGCAACCAGACCUCGCCGUACGGCGCACUGGUGUCUGGCAGCGUGCUGUACGGCACGUACGGUGGCGCCAAUGUGCUGCUGCGUACGGCAGGCAACACGCUGCGUCAGACACUGGCGACUGGAGCCGUCCAGCCUUCUAUAGCCGGCAGUGGCACCGGCAGUAGCAGCAGCAGUACUGGCAGUAGCAAUGGCAGUAGCAAUGGCGCCUACGUGGCCAACAUCCAAGUGGUGCAAGCGGGCAACUGGGUGGAUGGAAACGUGGCGGCGGGGUCGGACCGGUUUGGCUUCAUUGCCAGCGGCGUGCCUUGCGCCACCACCAUCAUCUCCAACACCUCGUCAUCAUUACCACCCAGCAGCAGUAACAGCUCCGUCAACUCCUCAGCGAACACAACCACAACUGCGGCCAACAGCACGACGGGCGCCGCAUUGGAUGGCGACGGCGACCCCGGGCUCCCGACCUGGGCGCUCGGCUCGUUCCGCAACAACACCGCCCACGGUUGUUUGGUGGGGCUGUGGCUUCGAUCUAGCGCGGCGUCUCGGGCCGCCGCGCCCGGUGGUGGCGGCGGCCGCUGCACCGCGCUGUCCAACUUCACGGCGCACACCAACUGGGACUACGGGUUGCUCACGCUGCGCGGCAUCGACACCGACGUGCGGAUGUACGACGUGGCAUUGCUGGACAACCGACACGCCGGCGCGGCACUGCUGCGGCAGGGCGGCUUCACGGAGCGCGCGGGCGUGUCUUGGCGCGGCGGGCUGCUUGCGGGGCGCACGUCACCGGUGCUGUGCGCGCUGUGCGCGAGCCCGUCUGACGCGGGCUGCCACCAGCGCCUGACGCCCCAGUCGUACAACCGCGCCCUGCCGUACACGCCUUCGAUUGGCUUUGUGGCGGCGGCGUUUGCAUUGGGUUUCGCAAACUCCGCGGGCUCGGGCCCGUGGGAGGCCGUAACCUCAUACCCCACGGUAUUUGGCCACGCUAACAUCACGGGCAUCACCGUGGCUGACUUUGAGGGCGCCAGUGGGUGCGGCGGCGGCAGCUUUGCCUUCGCCAACAACCCAACCGCACCCGACGCCUCGCACCCACACUUCUUCCGGCGCAUCACGCUUGCCAACACCAGGACGGACGGGUCUUCCCAAGGCCUGUUCCUCAUGCGGGGACCCGACCCGGCUUGGCGGAACCCGCUCGACUGCGGCACUGCCAACUACACCGCUGGCGCCACGCCCCUGCCCCUCAACUGCGCCGGCCCUUCACGGACCCUCUUCAAAGACCUGGACGGUUCUCUGGGGCUUUCGCCUGCAGGCAGCCCGGUCACAGUGCUGGGCGCGUUACCAGAUGGCCCCCGACCGCAGCCGCUGGCACAGGCGCCGCCGGUCCCUUCGGGCAGUGGCUGCAUCUACCGCGGUGACCUCGGCACCUACGUGUGCGCCGGCCCUGCUGGAGGUGAAGCUACUGGUGUCUUCGACCCGCAGCUGUUUGUGUUGGCGAGCCGCGACUCUGACAACCAGGUCCGCGGCCCGGAGGCGGUGGCGUUCAACGUGUCGGGCUCUGUGGAUGUGGUGGUGCCGGCCAUGGACCAGAGCUGGUGCUUUGAUGGGGUGAUGCACGCGUCGUCUGGGGGUGGCGGCAAUGCAAGCAGCGUCACCAGCUGCCGGCGCCGCCUGUCCGCGUUUUGGUCCUACGUGCCGACUGGCGGUGAAGUGGGCGUCGAGCUGAUCGGCAACGCCCCGCGGUCGUUCCAGCUGUGGCUACCGUACGCACCGUCCGCCUCCGAGGUGGUACUGACGAUCACCUUCCCCGCCCGUCAGCGGGCCUCCCGCCGCUACGUGUUGGUGCCGCCUACCGCCUUCAGCACCGCCAACAGCACCAGCAGCAACACCACAAACACCAGCGCUUUCAACACCACCAGCACCGGCAAUGCCACCGCCAGCAGUACCAACAACACUUCCACCGACCCACUCGAACCCAGUGUACGUGCCAACGCUCUGCCGUACGGCCCGCCUGUGGCGUACGACGGUACGCCCCACGGGUCGUACUGGUGGGACGAGGACGGCGGGCGGCUGGUCGUCAAGAUGGUGGGCGGCAGCAAGUCGCUGGAGGUCCGCACGGAGGCGGCUGCGAUGGUUGGCUUGGGCUUCGAGCUCCCCAUCUCGGACUGGACGCCAGGGAUUCAGGCGGCCGUGGUGGCGGCGCUCUCAGUCGCCUCAGGCAUCAACGACACACGCCGCCUGCAGGUGUCGCGGGUCACGCCGGGCUCGGUGCUGGUGGACCUGUUGCUGUACGAGGACCCCGCCGCUGCAGCAGCAGUAGCAGCAGCAGCAGCAGCAGCAGCGACGCGCCCCAACAGUACUGCUGGCAGUAGCGUGUGGCCGAGCGCGGCGACGGCGGGCGGCCUGGGCGGCCUUGACCCGGCUACACAGGCGGCCCUGUCCGCCCAGAUAUCGACCCAGAACCCCACCCAGCAGCAGCAGACGCUGGCGACGGCCCGGUCCGCCGCAACCGCAGCAGCAACCGCUGCGGCUGCAUCCAGCGAUGACCCAGCCGCAGCCGCCGCAACCAACUCCAAUGGCACCUCUAGCACAGACGGUGCAACGGCACCAGACGCCUUCCCAGCUUCCCUGCUUGCAGACCUACUCAAGCUAGUCUCCAUGCUUGGAGCGCCAACCGCUUCUGCAAAAGUGGGAGUCAGUGUACUGCCGGGCGACAUAAAGCUGAUUGCGGCGUACGGCACGGAUGGAUCCAAUCUGUUCGUAACGGCACCCGAAACGGCGGCUGCUAUCAGCGCUGCAGUAGAUGCGGCGGUGGGGGCAGUGACAGCGCCGCCGCCUAGCCCGCCGCCGGCCCCGCCGCCGUCACCUAACCCAGCGCCAUUGCUUCCGCCCAGCCCACCGCAGCCUCCCAGCCCACCUCCUUUGCCACCAGCCUUGCCGCCGCCUCCGUCCCCUCCACCCAGUCCACCGUCACCGCCCAGCCCGCCACCGCUUGCGCCUUCACCGCCCUCAAGCCCUGGUGUGCGAGACCUGGUCUCCCCGCCAUUGCCAGUGCUGCCGCGGCCGCCGACGCCCUCACCAGCCACCCUGAUCCCCCAAAUCCAGCUUGAAGACGCACCUGUGGAACCCGCCAUGUCUGGAUUUCAGGAUCCGCCUCCGCCGCCCUCUUCCAUUGCCUUUUCGGAUCCAGGCAAUGCCCCCAGCCCGCCAUCAUCCCUUGCCAGCGGAUCCAGCAGCGGAGUCGCCAUCGGCGUCAUCGUGCCUGCAGCCGUCGGCGCCGCCGUUGCCGUCGGCGUGGCGGCGGCGGCGUUCAUGUUCUUCCGCCGCCGCCAGGCCGCCGCUGCUGCCGCGGCGGCGGCCGGCGCCGGUGGCCCGACUAGCCCUGGUGGCGGCAAGACCCGCAGCAGCGCUCUGGACAGGUGGAACUUCCGACGCGUGCAGGGGCGCGGCGGCAAGCGUGGCGACGAUGAUGGGGAUGUGGUUGAGUAUGACCUGGAGCAUGAGGGAGAGGAGGGCGAUGGCUCUGUCGCCGCCGCUGGCGAGCUGUCGCCACCUCGCUCACCGCGCCGCAUCGCCAUGAACGCAGCUAUGGCAGCAGCCGCGGCGGCCGCGGCCGCGGCUGCGAGUGCUACAGCCGGCGGUGCGGGUGGCGAUGCCGGCGGCGGCAGUAGCCGGACGUCGCCUGCCGACAAGCCGUCGGGCCUUUUGUCCCGUCCCGCUUCCGGCAGGUCUGGCGCCGCCACGCCGCGCCACCACAGCCAGAGCGCCGUUACUCCAGAUCCCUUCGGCACCAGCCUACCGCUGCCUCCGUCCCUGGGCGCCGGCAAUGGUUCAGCUGCCUCCGCGAUCAAGCUCCUGCAGCCGCCGCUGCUGCCGUCGUGGCGGACCGCGGCGGCGGCCUCUGCAAAGCUAUUGCCGCCCAUCGUGAAGCUUAAGGACCUGCCACGACGAUUGCCAGCUAUCAGCACAAAGCUGUAUGACGCGGGCGGCGCCGCGGCCGCCGAUGCCUGGAGUCCUAAGGGUGGUGCUGGCGGCGGCGGCGGUGUAGGUUAUGAAGGUGCCACUAGCGACAGGACGCCCCGAUUUGAGGGCGGGCUGGCCACAGCGCCGCUUCCGCAGGCGACUCCCACCCGAACCUACACGCCUCGUACCAUGGCGCGCCCGCCGCUCGCGCCUUCCAGCCGUACGCCGCGAGCACACAGCGCCCCGCGCGAGCGCGGAAUCUCUGACACCGGCAGCGGCGGUGCUGAUGGCUUUUUUAAUGGCGGUGGCGGCGACAAGGACAGCGGCGCAUUUACGCCGCGGCUGGAUGCGGUUGCGUCGCUGCCUGGAGGCAUGGACGGCAGUGGCGGCGAGUCGGACGGGUGCAGCAGCCCCCGGCGAGCCGGGCUACGGCCCGUGAGCAGCGCCUUCGGUGCUGCCGCAGAAGCCGCAGCCGGCGACAGCACGCCCACCUACGCUGCCAGGCCCGGUGCCGGGCUGGCCGGGGGUUUGGCCGCAGCGUAUGCCGCCGCAGCAGCCGCGGUGACGACUGCCAUCAGCGCCCGAGGAUUCGGUCGCAGCACUUCCACAACCGGCAGUGCGCGCGCGGGCGCCGCGGGUGGUUCUCCCUCGGACCCGUCCAUUCUACUGUGGCAUAACGCGAUAGCGGCGCCUUCGGGAGCGCCCUUCCAUGAUGCACCGGCAGCUGCUGGGGCCGUUGGCCUGCAGCCACCGCCAGCAAACGCCCGGACGCUCAGCAUGCCUCGGAUGGGGCCUGGUCAUGGUCCGGGCUGGUCGCGCUUCGCUCCCAGCGGCGGCGCGGGCGGUGGCCCUGGCGGUGCCACCGUGGCAAGUGCUACAGGCGGGCGCAGUGACAGCGGGGAGGCCAACCGACCUUGGAGCGCACGCAUGGCUGCAGGGUCCACAGCGGCACCUGCCAAAGUCGGCGGCGGCGGCCCGCCGGCAUCUGGCGUUUGGAGGGACGGGCCGCGCUCCGCAGCCGUCAUGCCGGGAGGCGAUGGCCACCGUGGUGUCCCGUCUGGCGGUGGGGGCUACGCCGCAGGCGGAAACGGGUACAACCUAGCUACCGUGACGGGUGCUACGGCGACCGACGGCGCCACAAGCGCACUCCUGCCGCUUCGGGCAUGCAGCAGCACAGGCAAUAUGGCUGCGCUUGACCACGGCCCGGGAAGUGUGUCGCCCCCGCGGCCGCUGCCGCCACGGGUUGUGUUGGAGGGCGAAGGGCCUCGGACCGCCCAUGUGGGGGCAGUGGGGUACGCGGCAGCGGGUGGUGCGCUUGCGGCGCGGCCACCUCUGCCGCCGUCGUCAUCGAUUGGUCGUCGCGCCAGCUUUGGCGCUGCGGAUGCUGCUGGGUCAAUGGGAGGUGUGCUGUAGCGUGUAGGUUGAAGUCAAACAACACCAGAAGCCAUACAGUCGUCGUUACCUCAUGGGGCAUCAGGCAUCAGACUACCUUGCAGCAGGGCCCGUAGGCGUCGCGGCUAGUGAGGCAUGUACAUAAAUUAUAGCAUAUUUAUGUGUACACUUGAGCAUUGUGCAGGAUGGUGUGUUCAUGCAGGAUGGUGUGGCAAGCAAGGCCUAGGACUUGCAUGCAUCACACCGAGCAUUAUGAACUUGGUUGAUGAGCGUGUUGGUGUUGUUUGCUAAUGAGGCAAAAAGCGAUGGGGGAUAAACCAAAGCGUCGUGUUGAAUGGUGAUUACGACUAUCGCUAGCCGGAAGUAGGGGCGGCUGACAGUCAGA